AUGAUGAGUGAUGCAAGUGACAUGCUCGCUGCGGCCCUGGAGCAGAUGGAUGGCAUUAUAGCAGGUUCGAAGGCGCUGGAGUACUCCAAUGGCAUCUUUGACUGCCAGUCCCCAACCUCCCCCUUCAUGGGGAGCCUGCGGGCACUGCACCUGGUGGAGGACUUGCGGGGCUUGCUGGAGAUGAUGGAAGCGGACGAGAGAGAGGGGCUGCGCUGCCAGAUCCCGAACUCGACGGCAGAGGCUCUGAUCGAAUGGCUUCAAAGUCAAAUG